AAUUUCAGUUUCGGUCACAUGCAAACGCUGCGAAAGAGGUGUAAAGCAAAAACGAAGAGAACGCAGCGCAGCCGAAAAAAAAUUUGAAGCAGCACUGCACGCGUUAUAUUUCUAUUUUCAAAAGUUUAUAGCUACAUUUAAAGUGAUUUGCCAGUCGAAGUCAAGGGAUAAAAGUGCCGGGCAGCCGAACCUCCGCAGAAGCAAGCGAAAAGACUGAUUACAAAGUAGUAGAAGCAUCCAGAAACAGGAAUUGUCAACAGGAGAGGAUAAACUUCAAGAAUUUAUUCAUCUGCAACCGAGAACUGUCACCGUCAUCGUCACUAACACCCAAAAGGCAGCCACAAAAAGAAGGAGCGGGAAACGGGAACACAGCAAACUGCAUUCGGCUAGGAUAAGCCGUGCGUGAGAGUGCCGGAGGAGGUGCAGUCGGGAAGGACAUCAGGAUAACAAGAUAACCCGAAGCACUGCUUCACUAGUGAUACCAUCAGGAGCAGCAGCAUGGAAGAUCUAUUGGUAGAAGUCCGGCUCGAAAAUGGCGCCUACUACAAGGGCCAUGUGACAGCUGUCGCCGAUGAUGGCAUCUUUGUGGAUGUGGAUGGCGUGACCGAAGUGAGGAAGUAUCCGUUUGUGAGCGUACGCCUGCCCCCAGAGGAGACCGUUGAGGUGGCGGCGCCCACCUUUGAGGAGGGCAUGGAGGUGGAGGUGUUUACGCGCACAAACGAGCGCGAGACCUGCGGCUGGUGGGUGGCCAUCAUCAAAAUGCUCAAAGCGGACAUCUGUGCGGUGGCCUACAUUGGUUUCGAGACGCCCUACACCGAGAUCUGUGAACUGGGGCGACUGCGCGCCAAAAACUCAAAUCCCCCAAUCACAGCCAAGUCGUUCUACCAGUUCACGCUGCCCGUUCCCGAAGAGUUGCGCGAAGAAGCCCAGAAGGAUGGCAUACACAAGGAGUUUCAGCGCACAAUCGAUGCCGGCGUCUGCAACUACAACCGCGACCUGACCGCCCUGAUUGUCCUGUCAAAAUUUGAGCACACUCAGAAGCGUGCCAGCAUGCUCAAGGAUAUGCAUUUUCGUAAUCUCUCACAGAAGGUUAUGCUCUUGAAAAGGACUGAAGAAGCUGCCCGUCAGCUCGAAACGACUAAACUGAUGAGCCGUGGGAAUUAUGUUGAGGAAUUCCGAGUGCGCGACGAUCUCAUGGGCCUGGCCAUUGGUUCGCAUGGCUCGAAUAUACAGGCGGCACGCACGCUGGUCGGCGUCACCAAUAUCGAGCUGGAGGAGAAGUCCUGCACAUUCAAGAUCAGUGGCGAGACCGAGGAGUCAGUGCAGCGGGCACGCGCCAUGCUCGAGUAUGCCGAGGAGUUCUUUCAGGUGCCCAGGGAGCUGGUGGGCAAGGUAAUCGGCAAGAAUGGCCGCAUCAUUCAGGAGAUUGUGGACAAGAGCGGCGUGUUUCGAAUCAAGGUGAGUGCUAUCGCUGGCGAUGACGAGCAGGAUCAGAACAUCCCCCGUGCGCCGGCGCAUGUACCCUUUGUGUUCAUUGGCACCGUGGAGAGCAUUGCGAAUGCCAAAGUGCUGCUGGAGUAUCAUCUGUCGCAUCUGAAGGAAGUGGAACAGCUGCGCCAGGAAAAAAUGGAGAUCGAUCAGCAGCUGCGAGCCAUACAGGAAUCCUCCAUGGGCUCCACAACAAGCUUCCCCGUCUCAAGGCGCUCCGAGCGCGGCUACAGCAGCGACAUUGAGUCAGUGCGCUCAAUGCGCGGCGGUGGCGGCGGCCAGCGCGGUCGUGGACGUGGACGCGGUGGCGGCGGUCCUGGUGGCAAUGGCGGCCUCAACCAGCGUUAUCACAACAAUCGACGCGACGAGGACGACUACAACUCCCGUGGUGACCAUCAGCGCGACCAGCGAGGCUACAACAACGAUCGUGGUGGCAGCGCAGGUGACGGCGCUGGCAACUAUCGUGGCGCCGGCAACAACCGACGCGGCGGCAUCAAUCGCCGGCCGCCACGCAACGAGCAGCAGAACGGCAGAGACUAUCAGCACCACAAUCACACCGAGGAGGUGCGAGAGACGCGUGAAGUGAGCAGCGUGGAGAGGGCAGACAGCAACUCUUCGUACGAGGGCAGCUCGAGGAGGCGCAGAAAGCAGAAGAGCAACAACGGGCCCAGCAGCACAAACGGUGCGGUGGCCAACAGCAGCAUCAAACCACAACAGCAGCAGGCGCAACAGCUGCCACAGCAGACUCCGGCGCAGCCGGGCAAGGCGUCGCUGAAUGCUGCCGCCGGUGAAAACAGCAAACAGAGCAGCAUCGGCAAUGCGAACACCGCCAGCGGUACGAGCAAGCCCAAGGAUCCAUCGCGUAAUAGCGACAAACAGCAGGCGGGCACACAGCCGCAGCAGCCGCCACAACAACCACCGCAGCCCCAGGCAGCGCAGCAGUUGCAGCAGCAGCAGCAGCAAAUAGCUCCACUGCAGCAGCAGCAACAGCAGUCGAAACCGCGCCGAAACAACAAAAACCGCAGCAACAAUCACACAGAUCAGCAGGUCGGCCCACAGCAGCAGCAGCCCCAACAGCAGCAGCAGCAGCUGACGGAGAACAUCAAGAAGGAAGGUCUGGUCAACGGCACGUCCUAGGCGGAGAAAGGGUAAUCACGAACAACACAAAUGGCACAUCGUUCGUGUGAUCGACACGAUGCUGCUGUAUGCGCAGCGGGCUGAGGAAUAAAUAUUAAUGUUUAUAUCGUUAAAAUCGUCGCCGCCUUCUCAUUACCGAACAACCGCAACAACACCAACAACAGACACUGAAACAACACCAACAACAAGAACAACCACAACAACAUCUAUAGGCAACAAGAUCCGCUACUAACAACAUGUUGCAGAAGAGAAACUAAAUGAGUAACUAAAAAGGAAAUCAUAAAUCAUAAAAUAAAUAUACAUGAGAUAUGUAAUAAUUGUAACAGCAUAUACUAACACACACAUACACACCAACACACUCACUCACACACACACCCCCACACACAUAUACAUACACACCCCCCCACACACAGUUCGAAUUAUACACAAAAGAAUUAUUAAAUAAAAUUCAUGGCUAGGCUUAUAAUUUAAAAUGAAAGUAAAAGUUGCUUCGGAUAACAAUCAAAAAGAAUAAUGAAUUAUAUUUAUGUACGAAUAUAACCCAAUUCAAAAGCAAUUUUAAUCAUGCGAAACGAAUU